AUGGAUUGGGACGACAUACUGCCAGAGCCCCUUCUUUCGUCAUGGGGGGAGUUGACUUCUCAGAUGUCGAUCGUCCAGAGCCUAAUAUUUCCACGAUUCGUAAUACAAUCGCAGGCUUCCGUCGAGAUGCACAGAUUCUGUGAUGCUAGCACAGCAGCUUACGGCGCGUGCUUAUAUUUGCGGUCGGAGGCCAAUGGCAACGCUGAAGCACAUCUACUCUGCGCCAAGUCUAGAGUAGCUCCCUUAAAAGCUUUAACAAUACCAAGAUUAGAACUUUCAGCAGCGUGUUUAUUGGCUGAGCUAAUCGAAAACGUUAAGGAAACCAUAGGUUUUGAUUGCAGCUUUCACUGCUGGUCGGACUCGUCUAUUGUGUUGGCGAGGAUUCGGCAGCCUCCGAGGGAGUUCAACGUAUUUGUGUCUAAUAGAAUCGCGAAAAUCCAGGAAAUGACGAAAGGAAUGGCUUGGCAUUAUGUUCCAACAGACUUGAAUCCGGCGGAUGUGGUUCACAUAGCGGUGGAGUAUGAGGUUCUUAGCCAAGGCAAGCCUUGUCCGCCAAAGAGCAAGUUGAUUUCUCUGGGGCCAAUACUUAGCUCUGAGGGUUUACUUCGUGUUGGUGGAAGGCUUCAAAAUGCGAGCUUGGACUACGAGGCUAAGCAUCCGAUAUUGUUACCCAAGGAUCAUCCGGUCACCAGGGCGAUUAUCGUCUAUUAUCAUGAGAAAUACUUCCACGUAGGACCACAGGCGUUGCUCGCUGCUCUACGGCAAAGGUAUUGGCCAAUUGGAGGCCUAAAGUUCGUGGCUAGCGUCAUCAACAAAUGCGUCAGAUGCUUUCGGAUGAAGCCUGUGGCUUGGGAACACGUGAUGGGUAGCCUGCCAGCAGAUCGAGUUCAGCCUAACCCAGCAUUUCACACCACAGGAGUGGCCUAUUGUGAACCAUUCUAUCACAAGUCAGAGGCCCGGAACAAAGCACCCCAAAAGUGCUAUAUCGCCGUCUUUGUCUGCUUUUCGACAAAGGCUGCGUACUUGGAAGUCGUCCAGGAUCUCACAACGGAUUCUUUCAUUGCAGCUUUGAGUGAUAAUGCGAAAAACUUUGUUGGAGCUAAACGAGAGCUAGCAGAAUUGAAGGAGUUAUUUUAG